AUGAUCAUGCCUUUACAUGAACAAUUAUUGGGGUUCGUAGGGGAACGGUUGGAUAUAAGGGAUUAUGUUGACCUUAAGAUGAGUUUGGGGACAAAGAAGAAUGCAAGGGAGAUUAAAGUAAGAUUCUUGUUAGUGGAGGUCAAUACUUCAUAUAAUGUAUUGCUUGGACGACUGUGCUUAAAUGCUUUUGGAGCUAUUAUGUCCACUCCUCACUUGACAUUGAAGUACCCCUCUGAGCACGAAAGAUCGGAGGUAGCUAUGGCUGAGCUUGAUCCUAGAACAAACACGGAGGAUCAGGUGGAACCCUCAGGAGAGUUGCAACCUUUCCGUUUAGGAAAGGAAGACCAAGAUACUAUGAUGGGACGAGGCCUGACUAACGUCCAAGCCCAGGAGUUAGUCUCAAAAAAGAAGAGAAGGUUGGGAGCUGAGAAGAGAAGAGUGGCAGAUGAGGAGGUUCAUAAGUUGCUGGAGGCCGGAUUCAUUAGAGAAAUAAAGUAUACCACUUGGUUAGCAAAUGUGAUAAUGGUGAAAAAGUCCAACGACAAAUGGAGAAUGUGUAUGGAUUUCAACGACCUGAAAAAGGCAUGUCCAAAGGACACAUACCUUCUACCCAUUAUUGACGCGUUAGUUGAUGGAGUUUCGAGAUAUGAGGUUUUCAGUUUCCUGGACGUAUAUUCGGGGUAUAACCAAAUCCCCAUGUAUUGUCCGGAUAGUUAG